GGAAAAGACAAGCCCAAAUGAAGUUUCCUAUUCAAGCUAACCACUUGAAAGCGAGGAAUGUGUUCUAAUAGUUGCAAUUUUCUAUUUCCUGGGCAUAAGAAUCUUUCGUGCGUCUCAUUACGAACGACCAGUAUGGACAGUAUCUGUCAUUAAAGUCAGAAAAUUUUUUUAUUAAUAGAGUAUAUGAAUUUAUAGUACUGUAUCGUUGAUUUCAUAAAGUAUGGGUCCAAAUCGAAAAAAAUCUUGCGAAUUCCAACAUCGGUUGCAACCCCUGAUGAACUGAAAGAUUAUUGAACGUUAAAUCGGUUGUAAAAAUCUUAUGAGUUUUUUCCCAAUCAACUUCGUUUUUUUUCACUCCGAUUUUUUAACCCCAAAGGAGUUCGGUAAUACAGUUUUCGGAUAACUUGGUACCGCCCUCCUUAGAUAAUUGAUAUCUAUAAAGAACGAACGGUUACGUACGUAAUUGAGUCCGAAGGUAGUGAAAGUCGGUAUGACAUUGUUCUAAAAAAACCCGUCGGGUAACUACGGUGAAACAAGUUGAAUGAAAGAGUUUAAACAAAAUCUUCAGCGCUUUCUGGAAAGAAGGAUGGAGCGUUCGUGGUGUCAGGGAUGUUAAAUCCGACUUUGAACAGUGGACGAAAAGAAUGCUGUAAACAAAGUUGGAAGGAGAAUCAAUUAGCAACACCUUAACCAGAAACAAGGCAUCUUUCUGGAAAAUAUUUUCAAAGCUUAAUUUAAAAGUUUUAAAUUGCUGUUCCCUUUCAUUUCUGUCUGUUUUUUUCUUUCCUCCUUCUUAUGAUGCUAUGCCGCCUCCGAUGUAUCGCAUCGCUGAAACGGGCACUAUCUGAAAGAAAAGGUUCCUUUACUAAGGAACGAGAUACGCAGAUUUUGAAUGCACAUUUGGAUAGUGGUGAGAAAAGUUAUAUAAAGAGAACAGACACUCAAAAAAAUUCAUAAAGUGACCACAUUACUACUUACACAUUAAAGAAGUCUUCUUUUUCGAAACGCCUUUGUAAACAACAUUCUUUUUUUUUUCAACACUUAAACUAUAUUUUUUGUAAUUAUCAUGACGAUAAAUACCUAUGUCAAGGAAGCCUCCUAUGGUAAGACCAUGGUCAGAUUUAUGAAGAAAGAUGUUUGUCCGGAAUCAAAAGUUCAUAACGUUUACGAAAUGGAUGUUCAGAGUAUGCUGAGUGGCGAGCUCGACGAGUCGUACACCAAAGCCGAUAAUUCUAUUGUUAUUCCUACCGACACUCAAAAGAAUACCAUUUAUGUGUUUGCAAAAAACAAUGAUGUUAGCGUACUUGAAGUGUUUGCCGCUAAGCUUGCAAAACACUUUGUUGAUCGUUACAAGCAUAUCCAUGGAGCUACAGUUGAUGUCACCAUCACUCCGUGGUCCCGAUUGACCGUUCGUGGUAAACCUCAUAAUCAUUCCUUCAUUCGUAACCCUAGUGAAGCCCGCAAGACCCAUGUUGCUUUCACUGAAGGUAAGGGAUUCGAUGUUGUCAGCUCCUUGAAGGACGUCUCAGUCCUAAAGAGUACUGGUAGUGGCUUCAACAAGUUCCACAAGUGUGAAUUCACUACCUUGCCAGAAGUCGAUGACCGUAUUUUUUCUACUAACAUCGAUUGUAACUACUCCUUUAACCAUUUCGCUACUUUGGACGAGCUUGCUUCUUAUGAUUUUAAUCACGCCUACGAAACGGUGAAAGAAAUCACUCUUGACACCUUUGCAAUGGAUGAUAGUGCAAGCGUUCAAGCUACUAUGUAUAAGAUGGCUAACCAAAUUAUCAAUAAACUCCUUGUUAUCGCCGAGGUGUACUAUGCUCUUCCCAAUAAGCACUACUUUGAAAUUGAUCUCUCUCCUUUCGAUAUUGACAACCGAGGCCCUAAUUGCUCUUUGUAUCAACCUCAAGCCUAUCCUUCUGGCUAUAUCACUUGCACCGUUGCUAGAGAUUAAUGUUCUUUCUGCAAAGACUUUCAUUAUUAUCAUCACCUAAUUUCAUGAUCCCUUCUAGUCACCAGCUUUCUAUUGCAUCUAUUCACUCCUUUUUGUUUACUGUAAAUGGCUUACAGGGUGUUGGUAUCUUGUUCCAAUUGAUGUAAAUAGAGGUGAAUGAACAAUAACUAUUUCGCAAAGAGGAACAAACGACCUACUUGACAUCACCUUUUUCAAUUUCAUGUUAGCGAAAUUAUAAUUCAUUCGCAUAAUCAAGAAAUUCUCUCUAAAGUACUGUCUUACUGAUUUGAACAAUUAAUGUUUCAGCAAAUUUUAUCACUUUUAGGAAAUUGAUGCUUCCUCCUAGAUAGGACGGCUUCAAGUUCAUUUACAAGCUGGUUGGAAAGCGUUCGCUAUAAGAGGCCAAAGCUAAUGAAUUUCAAUAUGUCAAGAAAGCAAAGUUCAUCAACGAUGUAAUUUGGUAUAUAACGACUUAUAAGCAGAUACUUUUAAGACUUUUAACGCAAAUCGAAAACGUAUAAUGAAUUGAAGCAUGUUCUUUCUUCAUUCACUUUUAUUAUUUUUACUAUUCUUACUUUUACUAUUUAUUUAUUCUCUCUACUUAUGAGCCCCAGGUAGUCAUCUAUCAUGUUCAGAGAAAGAUAUACCAUGAAAUUAAUAGAUGGGUUUAUUUUGGACAUAUAAGUAUGUGAACUCAGCUCCAUUAUUGAAAAUGAAUAUCUCGUUCUGAUAGUAAAAACUCUUCAAAGUCUGUUACUUUAAACUCAUAUCGAGAAAAUACGUGAUGAAAUCUUUAACUGUAAAUAAACCAUUGACAAAAUUAGCGGCGAUAUUGGACAUCCCUAGGAAUAGACACGUGAGGACUUUUUAAAGUCCAAGCAAUAGCGAGCUGAGCAGGAGUCGCACUGCUUCUCUCUGCAAUCUUACUAACUUGGCGAAUCUGCUCGAUUUGCUUCUUCCCUUCAGGAGAUUCAAGAUUAGCAGCAUCUCUGAAUAAGUUGUGUCAAGACGAGGGUGUUUAGGAAUUCCAUUGUUGUACUUUGCAGUAAAAAUACCAAACUUCAAUAGACUCCAAAUAGUAGCACCAUAGCCAUAGAUCUGUUGAAGAGGAAGUAGAUUUUCUCAAGGUUAUCCCGAGUUACAUUAUUGUAUGAAGGCUGAUCAGCAAUAGGGGCAAUCAAGUUGUACUUGGUAGCAAUGUGGUGAGCAUGUUUGAUUUCAAAAAAAAUAAACCCACUCAGACGUACCCGAGUAGAAAGCUUACCCUCAUGGCUGGUUUGAGUAAAUAGUUGUCCUUAACGCCAAAUUUGCAACUAUGAUCUAUCUGAUACUAUUUCAGCUUGAUUGAUUAUAUUCCUUUAGGGAACAAACAGACUACUUUAUGAAUUGAAGGUAACCGUAUGUCUUCAAACGUUCGAAACCGCUUUGUUGUUGUCGUUUUUGAUGGAUCUUAUUAGAAGAAUUUUCUGAAACAGUUACCUCUAUUAGUGUUAGUUAUUUAUAGUAAGUAAGCAUAAUUAAUGUACAAUGAU